AAACCAUAUAAUAUAUUAAACCAGUUCAGCUGAAUACAACAGGUUACAGAACUGGUUCGACGUGCUAAAAAUGAAAAGCCAUGCUUGAUGACAAUACGAUUAGGAAAAGAGGUACAAAUUACCGCAAGGGCUGGGUCGACCGUUUUUCACCUCUCCACGCUCCUCCUCAUGUCCUCUCAUAGGGAGGGUUACUGAGCAGCCAAACCCAGUCGCGGGAGGACCGUUCUCACACAGCGUCAUCAUAACAACAACAACAGGCUGACACCCAGAGCACUUUCACUCUCUCACAGAAACAGAUGCACUGAUAGCAAGCGCUCCGCAGCGGUUUCUGCUCACAGAGGAGCGUUUUAGAAAGAGGUCAUGUGGAUGUAAGCGCGUUUGUGAAUGUUUAAUCCCAUUUUCUAUUUAAGGAGAGGAAACGGCUUGAGCUGAAAGGAGGUCUGUAGCUGCUUUUCAGAUGCUGGACUAUUAUGGUCCAGCUUGAGAACACCAAGUGCAGUUUUCUCUUCUGCCUUGGAGUCUGCAUCCUAAUAUGUUCUGCCAUCUACCUGAAAGCCAAGAUACCAAACACCCCAGUUCCUUCAACGGAAUUGAGCAGACAAACCACGCCAGCUCCCAAAAGCUGUGACAUACUACCACCUGCAACUCCCGGGUUUACAUGGCAGCGAAAAGACUGUAAGAAAAUCAGCUAUGAGACCAAACAGGACGCAAACUGCACCCUUUUGCAGUCAGAUCUGCACUUUAUCAUGGCGCCACUGAGCAAAGAAGAAGAAGACUUCCCUUUGGCUUUCAUAAUCACCAUCCACAAAGAGCUGGAAACAUUUGUGCGGCUACUGAGAGCCAUUUAUGCGCCACAGAAUGUGUACUGCAUCCACAUAGACGCUAAAGCACCGGAAGAAUACAAGACGAGCGUCCGAAACCUAGCUGGGUGCUUCCCAAAUGUCUUUGUGGCAUCCAUUAACGAAAAAGUGACUUACGCUGGCUUCUCCCGUCUGCAGGCUGAUAUCAACUGCAUGAAUGACUUGGUUAAGUCUCCAACAAAAUGGAAAAGAGUUAUAAAUCUGUGCGGCCAGGACUUCCCAAUCCAGACCAACCUGGAGCUAGUCCGAUACAUGCAAGGACCCGAAUGGAAAGACAGGAACAUGACGCCAGGAAUCAAGCAGCCACCCACUAUGAAGCACAGGACUGAGUUUCAGUACGAGGAGGUAAAAGGCACCCAUGUUGCACCAAAAGGCAAGGGUCAAAAGAAGGAUCCGCCUCCUCACAACCUGACAAUGUACUUCGGGACUGCCUAUUACUCCUUAACAAGACCGUUUGUGGAGUUUGUCCUCAACGACAAGGUGCCUAAAGACUUGCUGGAGUGGUCUAGAGACACCUUCAGCCCUGAUGAGCAUUACUGGGUGACGCUGAACCACAUGAAAGAAGCACCUGGCAGUUACGUAGAAGGCGAAUGGGAAGGUAACGUCCGUGCAAUCAAAUGGAGGGACCAAGAAGGUACAGCACACCAGGGCUGUAAAGGACAAUACAUCAGGGAUAUCUGCGUUUACGGGAUUGGUGACUUACCGUGGCUUAUUGAAAGAGAGAGCAUGUUUGCGAAUAAAUUUGAGACUGCAAACUUCCCAGAAGCCCUAGAUUGUCUAGAACUGUGGCACCGACAUAAAAUUCUCAAGCAAGCUACGGUUCCCGUUCAACCAUCAUGGCGUCUCACCACAGAGGUUGAAGUCAUCAACAGCACACUCAUUUUAAAACCAGGGGACUGUUUUUGAGCAAACACCAACAAAAACCUAACUGGAACAUUUUCUGCUUUACGGUGCAAAUGCGGUCACUGUGGUCAAUGUGCGUCAAUAUGCACGCCCCAUGGCAAUGCAGCUCGUGAUGUGUAUACAUGUUGAAAACGUGAUGAGUAAUAUAACUGUUGUGCUGUUAAAAGUAAUAGUCAUUUAUAUUUAUUUUUAUUUAUUAACUGUUGCAUAAUGCACUGUUUAAAGUGGAUAAAUAAUAAAGAAAGGUAUAAAAA